AUGAAUAAAAAUGGAACAGCUAAAAUGAAUGAUAAUCAAAUAAGAGCAGAAGGUAGAAGGUUAUUUAAACGCUUCUAUAACAUUCCUGAUGGUGUUAAUCCUAAAACUCGUAGAAGCUAUUUAAAUGAAGCAAUAGAUGCAUAUGAAGGGUUUGACAUUUCAUCAGAAAGUGAGAGAUUAGCGAGAAUGUUAAAUGUUAAUAUUGAUUUCUAUUAUUGUGAUCCUCAACCAGAAGACGUGGACAUAAAUAAGGUAGACUUUCCAUUAGUGGAAUCAAUAAUGAUAGAUCCAGAAUUUGAAACAGUAAAUAUUUUAUUAACACAGAGUCCAUGUGGAAAACUUCACGCUGACAGAAUAACAGACGUAGAAGCACUCACCAGCUAUAAAGUUUGUCCAUAUUGUAAAGAAGAAGUUUAUUCUAUCCGUGAUGACCCAGAAAGAAAAAACCAAAGAAGAUUUUUAAAGCAUUGUGAGAAAUGUAAAGAAAAUAAUGGAAGAUUAAUUCAAGAC